UCUCUACUGUAGAAUAACUCGUGUUGUGAUUUGCAUAAACAUGUCAGAAGAGCGUGUGCGCUGUGAAACAGAUGAUGGUCUGCAGCAGCAAUGUUGUGUCCACAUGGUCAGUGAGGAUCAGAAGGGGCUUUAAAGCUCAGUUUGAUGUCAGAUAGCAGAAGAUCAUGGCUGAUAAAGAGGAGUUGGGGAUCAGGCUGAAGAAGCUGCUGGUGAGGAUGAAUCUUCAAGAGGGGAAACAGCUGGGCACUAUGGUCCAGAUCAUACAGGACCUGCUGUUCCUGUCCCACACAGAUCACUGUGUUGAGCUGUUUGCGGAUCAAAACGUCCAUGUGCCUCUGAUGCUGGUGCUGUCAGAGCAUCUCAACAGCAAAGUUCAGCAGGUUGGCUGGUCUCUGCUGUGUCGUCUGAUGGAGAUCUGUCCAACCACUCUGGAAAGUCUGACCAACCCAGUGGACUAUGAGUUUAUAGAGGUGCACAAGCAGAUUCUUAAGGUGCUUUCAGUGUAUCAUAAUGAAGCCAAGAUGAUGAUGGUGGGCCUGAGAGCUCUGGCUCUGCUACUUAAGUCAGGUGAGAUUGUGAUGCAGGUUCUGGAUGAGGAGGAAGUGGAUGUGUUUUUCCUGGUCCUGGAAGCCAUGAGGUCUUUCGGUGACAGAGAAGAGGUUCAGCUACAGGGAUGUGCUGCUUUACAACUACUGCUGCAGACAGGUGACUGUGAUCUGUUGCAAAGAGUAUAA